ACAUAAUACUUCAUCUUUCUCUACGCCAAAAAGUAGAAAAAGAUGGCGAGCUCACUUCUCAGCUCGACGCCAUUGUCGUCAUCUUUCUUACAUGUUCCUCGGAAGUUGCUUGUGCAUGGCCAUUGUCCGAGCCAAAGAACUCUCUGGUUCUCUCGGAAACAAUCGUCUCUCUGUGUUCGCGCUGCAACACUCCCUCAAGGGAUGAUAGUGCCAAAGAAGGAACCCAAAUUCAAACCAGCGUUUCUGGGAUUUACAUACACAGCUGAGAUAUGGAACUCCAGAGCUUGUAUGAUUGGUCUCAUCGGAUCCUUCAUUGUUGAGCUGAUUCUGAACAAAGGAAUACUUCAGUUGAUUGGUGUUGAUGUUGGAAAAGGACUUGAUCUUCCUCUCUGAUUAGGAUCUUCUUCUUCCAAUCUGGUCAUAAAAAUUUCACAAAACCCUUUUGGCUUUUUUUCUUAUGAUAUAAAGAGCUUACAGCUAU